UAAACAUCGGGGCGCCACCGAAACUGCACGGUCGCGGCCAGCGCAAGUCGUGGCAAAGUGCGAGCUAUGACAGCGACUGUUUCCGGCCUUCCACGAAUUUAGCUUUAAAAAAAAAUAACAAUUACGAUCGCAGUCCCUGGCCCGUCAUCUAUGAACUUCUAGUCGAAGUUCGUCUCGGCGGAGCAGCGUUUAAACACUGGGGAGAACGCCACCAUGGGGCUGUGCAAGUGCCCUAGAAAGAAAGUGACCAACCAGUUUUGCUACGAGCACCGCGUUAACGUGUGCGAACAUUGCAUGGUGGCCCAGCACCCUACGUGCAUAGUCCAAAGCUACCUCCAGUGGUUGCAGGACAGUGAUUACGACCCAAUAUGCCAGAUCUGCCGCAAGGAGCUCUCCAACGGGACAUGCACACGUCUCCUAUGCUACCAUGUUUUCCACUGGGCCUGCUUGGACGAUUACUGCAAGCGGAUGCCCAAGACGACUGCACCGGCUGGCUACGGCUGUCCAUCGUGUGGCUCGGCUGUCGUCCCAGCUAGCAACAUUGAGUCGCCUGUGGCAGACGCGCUGAAUGUGCUCCUCAAGGCUGCUUCCUGGGCGAAUGCCAGCCCUUCCGUACCGGAGAUCCCACAGCAGGCGCAGCCUCCGGGACCACAGGGCGACCACCGCCAGGCCAGCGCAAGCCCCGCAAGGUCAUUGUCCCAGUCUGCACCUCCACCGUGGCGCUCACAAGGCAUCGCACCCAGCACAGUACCGCCCCAGCACACGAGUAUGGCCCCUGAAAACAGUGUCAACUACGGCACCACCGCCAACAGCAACAUGACAUCAUCACGGAAGAUAUUCAAUGCAGCUCAGGGCAACUUCGUCACAUCUGCUCCGGACUACGAUGAGGACAAGUACAAACGACGAUCCGGAUUCGAGCUUCUGUCACGGUGGAUCAAAUCACGGACAAUAAUGGCGGGCAGUCACAGACGAGACCCGCACAAGUUCCUCAAGCGCUGGGUCGUCCUGUCCAUCCUCAUUGUCCUCGGGCUGUUCACCGUCGUUUACUUCCUCUUGCACUGGGGUCGUGCGGCAGCAGAGUCGGAUCCGCUGCUAGAUCCCCGGCUCAAUCCGGACAUUAGGGUCAACGACGAGCCUCACGUCAUGGAGCCGCGCUGAGGGAAAAAUAGCGGCGUAGGCCGUGCGCGAGUGUUUCCUGUCGUCGCGGGAAAAUAAAAAGAGCUUGGGUAUUUAGGCAGCAUCGGUCUGUGCAUUUCAGCCAGCCAGUGCCGCCACGAAAUGUAUAUACUGGGUCUUUGUAAGCCUAACUGGCGGUGCUUUUGGGGGGCAGGGUAGUGGACAGUGCUUUGAAUGAGUGUGUGUGUGGUCAGCGGGUAAUAAAAUGCGAUAGUCCGAGCACAUGGCCUUAGGUGUCGAUUGUGGACCACGUGAUGGGCGUGCUGGAUGACGACUUUUUCACUCCAGCACAGUUUAAGGUAGUGCUUCCAAAACUGCCGCUCCGUGGAUCGGCUGAAAUGCAACUAAUUUUGUUGAGACCCUCAUGCGCGCAAGCGCACAUACCUAUGUGAUUUUUGUCUACUAUGAGAAUCGCAGAAGUUGCACCUAAAUUUCGUUAUUGAGUUCAGAGUCCUGCUAAAUUAGUUAAAGAAGAAAAUGCGUUCAGUGCUGACUCCUCGUAAUAAAUUAAAGUGUGAGUGUUUAUAUUUUUUCUAACAGUUUUAUGAUGAACAACACUAAGAUGCCGCCCUUGCCCUUCAUUACAUAAUUCACUUGUUCACAACAGGUUCAGUGAUAGACUGCUUCAAAACUACCCUUGAUGAAUCUGUUGUGGCUUGAGGUGAUUAACAGGAGCAUGCGUGGUGCAAUUGUGUUCGCUCCCACUAAAGUAUGUAUUGUCAGGUAGAAAAUUGCGGAACACGAGUUCAACGACAAAUGCGAAUUUUUGUUCCUUCCGAUUUACACGUUUAUGGCCAAACGCACACAUUGCCACCCCGCAGUAUAUAGUCUAGGCAACGCACUCUUGUUAUUUCUUUUGUCGCUGGCACCAAAUUAACGAGUUUCUUGUGCAAGCAUUUUGCUAGCGUACAAAUAUGAGAGGGCGAGAAAGUAAUGUUAUAUGAGCACUCGGAA